GAGAAAGAGCUCCGAGAGCGCAUGCGCUCUAUUCUCCUGGGCAUUCCAGUAGGUUAUACAGGUGCAACAACGGAAGAAGUUUGACAAUCCAAAAGACAGUUUUAAUCCACAAUGAAUCCUCCUGACAAACAAACAUCUAAAUUUGAGGCACUGAGGCUUGCCUCGUUAGAUCAGCCAAGUUGUGUCUCAUGGAGAAGUUCCAAUUCAAUGUUGCAACCAGAUGGAUUUAAAGAAGCACCCAUUUCUCCCACACAAAGCUCAUGUAAACGGCCGAGGCUUGUCUCCUUGGAGGCUGACUGUGUGUCAAACAGAACUGCAUCAUCAGUGCUCGAACCUGGAACAAUGACAGAGGACACUUCCAUCUCUCAGUGCACCACUACUUCAGUCUCGUCCACAGAUACUGAAGUGGAGCUGCAAUAUACACAUAAACAUAGGCUAAAGGAAAAGUUCCAGUGCAUGUACAGCAAUGUGCCAGGACAAGGCUGCCCGAUGUUCCUGAAUGACAUUUACACAGAGCUUUACAUCACUGAAAGUGAUAGUGGUAACAUCAAUAAGGAGCAUGAAGUGAGACAGAUUGAAAUAAUGUCCAGGACACAAACAACAGUAGAAAUACCCAUCAAAUGCAAUGACAUCUUCAGUUCCUCCCAUGGACACAGCAAACCCACUCUGCGUGUCCUGACAAAGGGUGUUGCUGGCAUUGGAAAAACCGUUUCUGUCCAGAAAUUCGUCCUGGACUGGGCUGAAUGCAGAGCGAAUCAAGACAUAGAGUUUGUUUAUCCACUAGCAUUCCGUGAACUCAACCUGUUGAAGGAGAAGCAGUUCAGCUUGGUUGAGCUCCUUCACUAUUUCAAAAUGGAGACCCCUCAAGGAAGAAACCUUCAGAAUCACAAAGUUCUCUUCAUCUUUGAUGGACUGGACGAGUGCCGCUUUCCUCUGAACUUUCAGAACAAUGAUAGAAAGUUUGACCAAAUAGAGCAAGUAUGUCUAGAUGUUUUACUGACAAACCUCAUCAGUGGGAGCCUUCUUUCAGAUGCCCUUAUCUGGAUAACAACCCGUCCAGCAGCAGCCAGUCAGAUCCCUCCUCAGUGUGUUGACCUGGUAACCGAGGUACGUGGUUUCAAUGACCCACAGAAGGUCGAGUACCUCAAGAAGAGAAUAAGUGACCAGAGUCUGGCUCGCAGAGUCAUCACACAUAUCAAGUCCUCAAGGAGCCUCUUUAUCAUGUGCCACAUCCCAGUCUUCUGCUGGCUUUCAGCCACUGUUCUGGAAAGAACGUUAGGUGACUCAGAUGGUGGAGAAAUUCCCAAGACGUUGACUCAAAUGUACAUGCACUUCCUGCUGAUCCAAACAAAAGCUAAAAAUGACAGAUACUCCGUAAAACAUAAGGCCGAAGGGAAAGACAUGAUUCUGAAAUUGGGCAAACUAGCUUUCCAACAGCUACAGAAGGGAAACCUGAUAUUCUAUGAGGAAGAUCUAAGAGCUUGUGACAUUGAUGUCAAGGAGGCAGUGGUCUACUCAGGAGUCUGCUCCCAAAUCUUUAGGGAGGAAUGUGCACUGACUCAGGGUAAAGUCUACUGCUUUGUACACCUGAGCAUCCAAGAGUUUCUUGCAGCUAUAUAUGUGUUUUUCAUGUGCAAAAUCCAUAACUUGAACGUUCUCGAUCAGAAACGCUGCACUGGAGCUGAUCCUAACCUGGAUGCGCUGUAUGACUUGCACAGGAGCGCCAUAGACAGGGCCUUACAGAGUGAAAAUGGCCACCUGGAUCUCUUCCUCCGUUUCCUUUUGGGCCUUUCUCUGGAGUCCAACCAGACCCUUCUCCAAAGCCUGGUGAAACGUAGCUUUGGUUGCAACUAUCAAAGCACAGAAGCAACAGUGGAUUACAUCAAGAAGAAGAUUGAGGAGAACUCCUCGACUGAGAAGUCCAUCAAUCUGUUCUACUGUCUGAAUGAACUCAAUGAGCUCUCUUUAGUGAAGAACAUCCAAAACUACCUCAGCUCUGAGCGUUUCUCCAAACUCUCCCUGGCACAAUGGUCAGCUCUGGUGUUUAUGUUACUGACGUCAGAAGAAAAACUGGAUGUGUUUGAUCUCAAGAAAUACAGCAAAUCAGAUGAAGGCCUCCUGAGACUGAUGUUAGUGGUCAAAGCUUCAGAAAUCGCUCUGCUGGAUAACUGUGGCCUCACUGAGAGAUGCUGUAAAGCACUGGGCUCUGCAGUCAGCUGUACCUCCUCAAGCCUGCGAGAGCUGGAUUUGAGUAGUAAUUCUAUAGGAGACACAGGACUGAGGCAUUUUACAGACGGACUGGGAGAUGCAGAAAGUAAAUUACAGAAACUCAGACUCUCUUACUGUAGAAUCACAACACAGGGCUGCUCCAUUCUCGCCUCAGAGCUGAUUCCAAAACUUCCAUACUUAAAAGAACUGGACCUCAGUGAGAACAGCCUGAGGCAGUCUGGAAUUCAGAUACUAGCAACACAGCUGAAAAAUCCACAGUGCAAACUAGAGGUUCUGAAACUGAAGGACUGCAGAGUUACUCCUAAUGGAAGUCUUGCACUAGCCUCAGCUCUGAGGUCAAACCCUUCACACCUUAGAGAGCUGGACCUGCACUGGAACAACCCGGGAGAUGAAGGAGUGGAGCAGCUUGUGGCUAUAAUGGAGAAUCCAGGCUGUAAGCUUGAAGAAUUAUGGCUAAGUUAUGGUUUGCUCACUGAGAGGAGCUGUGAGGCGCUUGCUUUGGCCUUCAGGUGCCGCUCAGCUAGUCUGAAAGCAGUGGACCUGAGUGGAAACUCAAUACGAGACACAGGAGUGGAGCUGCUCUCUGCCGGGCUCAGAAGUCCACAAUGCAAACUGGAGAUACUGAGGUUGGUAUUUUGUGAGAUCACAGAGGAAGGAGCUGCUGCUUUGGCCUCUGCACUUGCUGCAAACCCCACAACCCUCAGAGAGCUGGACCUGAAUCAGAAUCACAUCCGAGAUUCUGGACUGAAAGCUCUUUCCGAGGUGAUGGAGAAUCUCAGUUGCAGACUUCAGACCUUAAGGCUUAGAGAGAGUGGAGUUACAGAAGAGGGCUGUGCUGCCCUCGCAUCAGCCCUAAUCUCAAAUCCUACUUAUUUGAGACAGCUGAAUCUGGCUAACAACAACUUAACAGAUGCAGGAAUAAAGAUGCUUUCUGCUGUGCUGAAGUAUAGCAAGAGUGCAAUUGUUCAACUGGACCUGAAUCAGUGUGGGUUGACUGGAGAAUGUUGUGAUGCACUGGCCUCUACUCUCUGCAAAGAAGCUUCAUGUCUGAGGGAACUGAACCUGGGAGGAAAUAACCUGCAGGAUUCAGGAGUGGAGACUCUUUGUGCCGGAUUAGAGAAUCCACACUGCAAACUGGAGAUUCUGAGACUGUUCAACUGUGGGGUCACGGAGAAAUGCUGCACAAUCUUAGCAUCAGCUUUAAAUGGCAAACACACAGUCCUGAGAGAACUGGACCUUAGAGAAAACAACCUUAAAGACACAGACAUAAGGCAGAUUUCCGCCUUACUGGAAAAUCCAGACUGCAAACUAGAGAAAAUUAACUUAUACUGAGUGAUUUAACAGUGGAUUCCCCAAAAAUGAAAAGGAAAAAAGUUUACCUGUCAUACUUAACAGCCUAUGUGAUCUGUGGAAACUGAGAAGCUUACAAAAGUGUACAAAAAUACUAAUCAUAAUCCUCUAUUUAUUAUUAUUUAGUGAAUGUAUUUAAUAUUGUUCUUAUUAUUCACAAAUAUGGCCAAAAGUGUGACCAUCACACCUAUAUGAACAUGUUGGACUUCCCAUUCUAAACCCAUGCAUGUUAAUAUGGAUACUUCCAUUUCCCACUAAUGCUCACAGUUAACUGGGGCAGAAAUUUC